AUGUCUACUACUCUGUCCGUGGCCAUGGCCACCAUUCUUGAACUGUAUAAAGUUCCACAGCUCCACCACUUUCUGAAGUGUAUCAAUUCUGUCACUAAUGCCAGUGAUGAGUCAUGUUGGAAUGGAACCAAGCCAGUUGCUGAGGCUUAUGAUAUCCUAAAUUAUAAAUCCUUCCCUGGUCAGAUAGAGACACUGGUCAAAGUGGGUGAAGUGUAUCCUCUUGCUCAGAGAUUCACCAUUAAGGAAGAAGACAUAGAUUGGCCAGAAGAUUUCCAUCAGACUCCAACUUCCAUGUGCAGUGUGAAAUGUGGCCCUGGAUUCAAGAAAACAUCUCUUGAAAACCAACCCAUCUGCUGCUUUGCUUGCACCCCAUGUCCUGAAGGGAAGAUUUCCAACCAGACUGAUGCAGAGCAGUGCCUGCAGUGCCCUGAAGAUCAAUAUCCUAAUAGGGAAAGAGAUCGUUGCCUCCCCAGGAUUGUGACCUUCCUGGCCUAUGAGGAACCUCUGGGAAUGACUCUGGCCUGUGCAGCCAUCUGCUUCUCCCUCCUUACUGUGUUGGUCCUGGGGGUCUUUCUGAAGCACAGGGACACCCCCAUAGUCAAAGCCAAUAACCGCAGUCUCAGCUACACUCUGCUGGUCUCCCUCAGCCUCUGCUUCCUCUGCUCCUUGCUCUUCAUCGGCCAUCCUACCACAGCCACCUGCCUGCUGCGACAAACCACAUUUGCAAUUGUCUUCACAGUGGCCGUUUCCUCCAUUUUGGCUAAAACCAUCACUGUGGUUCUGGCCUUCAGGGCCACCAAACCUGGGAGCAGACUCCGGAGCUGGCUGGGAUCCACAGCAUCUUACUCUCUCAUUUUCACCUGCACCCUCAUCCAAAUGUGUCUCUGUGGCAUCUGGCUUGGGACAUACCCUCCCUUCCUGGAGAUGGACAUCCACUCUGAGCCUGGCUCCAUUAUCAUCCAGUGCAAUGAAGGCUCCCUCCUCGUCUUCUACUGUGUCCUGGGCUACAUGGCCUUGCUGGCCUUGGCGAGCUUCACCGUGGCUUUCCUGGCCAGGAACCUGCCAGACACUUUCAACGAAGCCAAGUUCCUGACCUUCAGCAUGCUUGUGUUCUGCAGCGUCUGGAUCUCCUUCCUGCCCUCGUACCAGAGCUCCAAGGGCAAGGCCAUUGUGGCCUUGGAAGUCUUUGCCAUCUUGACCUCCAGUGCCGGGAUUCUCGCUUGCAUCUUUGCUCCCAAGUGCUUUAUGAUCCUUCUAAGAUCAGAACAAAAUACUCAGGGGAUACUUAAAAAGAAACUUACUGCCUGA